GGCGACUUCAGUACUGGGAUGUAAAGAGUGAAUCCGAGCUGCAGCAAACACACACACACACACACACGCGCGCGCACGCGCGCUCGGAACAGAGACCGGUCCGGUUCUCCCGCGGUCUGCGCUCAGUGCUCAGCUGUUGCUCUCGGACUCAGUGGAUGAAAGUUUAGCUCGGCAACAUCGCCUAUGCGGGAUUUCCAUAGUGGACAGUUCACCAUAAACCUCAAGAAUACAAGGUUGUUCGUCGUAAUCCCGGAGUGGUUCUUGGAUGUUAGUAGUUCAGAGCUGCAUCACUGGCUGCGAUGGCCCUCCAUGUGUUCGAUAAUGAUGAGUACAGACCGCCUGUAUGGAAAUCCUACUUGUACGAGCUCCAGCAGGAGGCGCCACAUCCUCGCAGAGUCACCUGCGUAUCUGAGGUGGAAAAUCGGCCGAAGUACUAUGGACGAGAGUAUCAUGGGAUGAUCUCCAGAGAGGAAACCGACCAACUGCUCAGUGUGGCUGAAGGAAGUUAUCUGAUCCGAGAAAGCCAGAGACAGCCGGGCACGUACACACUAGCUCUACGCUUUGGGAAUCAGACCCGGAACUUCCGUCUGUUUUACGAUGGGAAGCAUUUUGUGGGGGAGAAGCGCUUCGAGUCUAUCCACGACCUGGUAACGGACGGUCUGAUCACGCUGUACAUCGAGACCAAAGCUGCCGAAUACAUAUCUAAGAUGACCAUCAACCCCAUCUACGAGCACGUGGGCUACACCACCCUGAACCGUGAGCCUGCGCUGAAGAAAGCCCUGCCCGUCUGCAGAGACCUGCCCGAUGGGAAAGACUCGCCCGGGGAAGAGACCGGCCUGGAGGAGAGGCUCACGUCGCUGGUCCGUCGAGCCACACUGAAGGAGAGCGAACGGGUGUCCAAGUACGAGAAAAUCCACAACUUCAAGGUGCACACCUUCAGAGGGCCACACUGGUGUGAGUACUGUGCCAACUUCAUGUGGGGACUCAUCGCUCAGGGAGUCAAAUGUGCAGACUGUGGGUUGAAUGUCCAUAAGCAGUGCUCGAAGAUGGUGCCCAAUGACUGCAAGCCGGACCUGAAGCACGUGAAGAAGGUGUACAGCUGUGACCUCACCACGCUGGUCAAGGCUCAUAACACUACACGACCCAUGGUGGUGGACAUGUGCAUACGAGAGAUCGAAGCCCGAGGUUUGAAGUCAGAGGGUCUCUAUCGAAUCUCUGGAUUCAGCGACUUUAUUGAAGAUGUGAAGUUAGCGUUCGACAGAGAUGGAGAGAAAGCAGACAUCUCCGUAAACGUCUAUGAAGACAUCAACGUCAUCACAGGUGCUCUUAAACUCUACUUCAGGGACCUGCCGAUCCCCGUCAUCACAUAUGACGCAUAUCCACGCUUCAUCGAGGCUGCGAAGCUGACAGACCCAGACGAGCGUUUGGAAGCUCUACACGAAGCUGUGAAGCAGCUGCCUCCUGCGCACUGUGAGACACUGCGAUAUCUCAUGGCACAUUUAAAGAGGGUAACUCAGAACGAGAAGGAUAACCUGAUGAACGCUGAGAAUCUGGGGAUAGUAUUCGGGCCGACUCUGAUGCGGGCGCCUGAUCUGGACGCCAUGACGGCUCUGAACGACAUCCGCUACCAGAGGCAGGUGCUGGAGUUACUCAUCAAGAAUGAAGACAUCCUCUUCUAGCAUCACGCUGACGUGAAUGAACCUCUGUACUGUUCACCGCAGCUCUGAGCUGUGCUCUUCUACUCAGACUCGGUCUGGACUUGAAUAUGAAGGACUCUUGUAUGAUAGUACAUUUUUUGGAGCUGUACUUACUAACACUUCUUGCCUGAUGUGUUUUUUUCCUGUUUCUUGCAUGUCUUCCUCCCCAUUUUUGUCGGGGGUCGCUGAAGGCUGUGGCGUACUUCAGGAUUAUUAUGGGAUGGCAUUGCUCCGUUGCGU